AUGGCUCAAAAUGAACCCGACAACAACAUCCUGCCCCCGCCGGCGAUUGCGGCCUUGAAGAAUGAUGCUGGCCUGGGUUUCCACAAGAUCGCCAUGGAACGGUCGUUCAGCCAAGAUAUCCAGGAAGGAACCCAGGAACUGAAAGAGGCCGCAGAACAGACUAAGAACAUUAUUCUCGACCUCAGUCUAGAUGGAGUCGUACGAUGGGUCAGUCCCUCGUGGACCGAGGUGGUUGGCACCGAGCUGGAGAGCGUCAAAGGUCAGCCCAUCUCGAGAUUCAUCAGCGACAAUCCUCACGUUUUUGAGCCGGCCAUAGAGGCUCUCAAGUCCAAUGCCUCCAAGAGCCAAUUCGUCAAAUUCACUAUCAAGGUCGACCCUCAGUCCGAUCUUGCCGAGAUGCUACCAGAUUUACCAGAGGAGGACAAGUCCUUCGAGAGCGAAGACGACAAAGAGAUACUCGAACUAGAAGGCCAGGGCAUCAUGGUGUACGACCGAGCGUCUGGUGGCGAGUCCCAUACCAUGUGGAUGUUGCAGCCUGCGACUGAACCCUUGCGAAUAGAGAUCUCGCUGCCACAAACCCUGGUUGAUUCCCUUGGUGUUGGUGCCGAAAUUCUGGCCAAAUACCUGACAGAGCUCACAGAGGAUAGCAACAAUGAUCCCCGCAACCAUCCCCUCCCGGAUCCGGUGCUUUGCCGCGUCUGUGAGAGGUCGAUCGUGCCCUGGUGGUUCGAAAAGCACUCUGAUCUCUGCGUGCAGGAGCACAAGGCGGAGAUGGAUGUUCAGAUGGUGCAAGAAUCCUUGUCCGAACACCGACACGCCAUUGUCAAAGUGCUCGAUGCCUUCGAGAAUCGCCAGGGGCGGCCAAGGUUCAGUGAUGGCUCACCGGUAUUCUCGCCUCCACCGGAAUACAAAGGGCAGCCUAUAGGACCGUCGCCACCCUCGUCAUCCGCUGUCUCCUCCGGCCCGGUUUCGCAGACUGCUAGCCCUGCCCGCUCACGAAGUCCGUCUACUUCGAACGCUCGUAGCGGGCAUGCUCGAGCUCGUUCUUUCGUCGUGCGACGCCCGCUUGUCCGGAUCGUUGAACUGAUCCUCGAUUUGUGCGACACUGCGAACGAGAUUAAUGUGCCAUCAAUAAAAGAGGAGAGAUCUCCAAAUGAUGAGUUCCCAAAAGCUCAAUCACCUCAGUCUGAGUCGCGCGCGGCUCAAGUACUCCAGUGGCAACAGCCAAGCAGCCUGGAGAACGAGCCCGGCCUACUUGCUCUUGCUCAAGACACCGAAAAGCUUGCCAGGGCCAAAGUUGAGGCUGUGAAUCGUCACCAAGCUAUUCUGGAAUAUUCUGAAAGAGUUCGUCAAGAAUAUAUCGCCGAAGUCGAGGCAUGUAUACAGGAGGCUCUGGUCAAGGCUGAACGCGCUCACGCUGGCGAAGCCCUUUCUUCGAGCGAGGAUAGCGAGGUCGAAGGUCAGACACCUGUCGAUGAGAGCCCGCCUCAACAACACUCAGACGAGCCUACCCCGAUCGCACCGGAGUCGCAAGACUCCGAAUCUCAAGGAUACGUCGGCAUCAAGUCAAUGGCUUCGGCACUACGCAGCGCUCGAGACGUCCCUUCUAUCUCGAGGCUGAGCCAACGUCGCUCAUCCUCUCAGGCGGUAUCGACUGGGUCAAGCAGCCCCGCCGAAUGUCCGACGCCCAAAUCACACAAAACUACUCAAGUAGCCCAGCCGCAACCAAUUUCUAACCGCCGAUCCAUGUACAUUGAGGAUCCGAAUGACAGUGAUGGGAGCAUACCUUCUUCAUCCGUGCUAUCAAGCCAGUUCCGUACCGACUCGCCAGCAUCGGUUUCGGAACAUGGUCUUGGUCGUACCGCCAGCUCCCGAGAACGCAAGCGCAGAAGUAUGCAUCUACACGGACUUGGAAGUGCGUCACCUCAUCGCCAACAUUCUCCUGGCCGCUAUCCGCCUCCACCCCCCUCGCCGCUUCGUCUGACUAAGUCCCGGAUACCAAGUGGAGAGCUCGCGCAAUCCCCUGUGGUCUCGCCGCUCCUGACUGCAGGAGAGUUUAUGCCGCCGCCCGACUUGCCCAACAAACACCAUCGCCGACAGUCUUCUAUUCACUCCUCAGACCCCAAGGCGCCUGGCUCCCCGAGAAUGCAUUCAAUUGCCCAUCCACAAGAACGAGUUCAACCUCCAUCAAUCAAAGACUUUGAGGUCGUUAAGCCCAUCAGUAAGGGUGCAUUUGGAAGUGUAUACCUGUCCAAGAAGAAGCGUACUGGCGAAUAUUUCGCCAUCAAGGUCUUACGCAAGUCCGAUAUGGUUGCCAAGAAUCAGGUAACCAACGUUAAGGCCGAACGCGCUAUCAUGAUGUGGCAAGGCGAGAGUGACUUCGUUGCCAAGUUGUACUGGACUUUCUCGAGCAAGGACUAUCUCUAUCUGGUCAUGGAGUACCUCAACGGCGGAGAUUGUGCUUCGCUGAUUAAGAUCCUUGGUGGCUUGUCUGAAGAUUGGGCUAUCAAGUAUACUGCGGAAGUUGUGCUCGGUGUGCAACAUUUGCACAGCCGAGGCAUCGUCCACCGGGAUCUGAAACCUGACAACCUCCUCAUCGACUCGAAAGGUCAUCUCAAGCUCACCGACUUUGGUCUGUCUCGUAUGGGUCUUGUUGGGCGACAAAAGCGGGCUUUGAAGCAGCCCGACGACGUUGGACCAGAUCUUCUCAAGCAAGGUCUGCCGUUCACCGGUCAGUCACAAUCAGGCUCUAACCCCAACUCCCGCUCAGCCUCUUUCGAUUAUCAGGGCGCCAGUGUGUCACCAGCCCAAACGCCACUCAUGACUCCUGCAUUGGCCGGAGGAUUAGAUCAACCGUCAUACUUCAACCUCAAUAGAGAAAGCUCUUUGAGCAGGGAACUCUCGAGGAGGACUUCGGGUCACCGAAGCGACAGUGGAAGCAUGUCAAGCCACGAUUUGCAUCAUGCUUUCAGAAACUUCAAUCUACAAGACACAAUAUCCCAUCCCAGCUCUGUCCAUUCCAGAAGUGGGCCAAUUGAAGAAGAGUCCGGCAGCGUGGGCAGUGCCUCGCCUGACUUGUUUCCACUCUCUCAGUCGAUGAGUAAUAUCUCUCCUGCUCCGCCUCCACCGAUGCCUCCACCGACGGCUCUAUUCGACCCAGAAGAAAGUACCCGACGGUUCGUCGGCACACCAGACUACCUCGCGCCUGAAACUAUCAACGGCAGUGGUCAAGACGAAAUGUGCGACUGGUGGUCGCUUGGAUGUAUCGUCUUCGAGUUCCUGUUUGGCUUCCCGCCUUUCAAUGCCGAGUCACCUGACAAAGUCUUUGACAACAUCUUGCACCGCCGAAUCGCUUGGCCUGAUGAGGAUGAGUAUCCUGUCACAGACGAAGCGAGGGAUCUCAUCAAUAAACUCAUUCAGCUUUCUCCACAGGAGAGGCUCGGCGCAAAUAGGGCCGAGAAGUAUCUCAACGGUGGUGCAGAAAUUCAAGCUCACACAUGGUUCUCAGAGAUCAAUUGGGAUACUCUGUUAGAGGACGAGGCGCAGUUCGUACCCAAUCCGGAACAUCCUGAAGACACCGAAUAUUUUGAUGCCCGUGGAGCUACGCUGUCGUCCUUCCCGGAGGAGCUGGAGGACCAGCUCUCACCUUCGGGCCGCACUCCAGGCUCAGCCGGCGAGCACCCGGAUCGACCUCACGAUGCACUCUUCCGCGCCAGAACUCAAGCUGCAUCAGGAAAACGUGGCCUGAUGCCCCUGCAUAUUCCACCGCAUAUGGCCAGAGAUUCGCGCAACCGACGUCUGAGUGAGCCUGUCAUUGCUGACGACUUCGGCAACUUCACCUACAAGAAUCUGCCAGUGUUAGAAAAAGCCAACAAGGAUAUCGUCGAGAAGAUGCGAAAGGAGGCAAUGCAAGCUCAGGCUAGAGGUUACAACUCGCAAGCUGUCUCGACCACGAACACGCCAAAUAUUGGCUCACCCGUGCCAUCUCUGGAAGGUAGCCCGAUGAUGCCUAUGCCCGUCAAACGCGCCCUGUCUAUUAGCAAAGGUCACCGUCCGGCUUCGCCUUCCGGCCUGGGGAAUCUCAACUCUUCUCCGAGCAGACCGUCGCAGCCUGGUUCGCCGCUGCUUCUGCAAUUCUCGACUGCACAGCAUCACGAGCGUCGGAAAACCUCUGGCUCGUCUCACGGCUCGAGUAGCUCCCUGCAACCCAAUGGUUUCUUUGACACGGCCGCUGAAGCCAAGAGUGGCACGUCCGCAGCUUCUUCGCCGAAUAAACCUGUCAAGGCGCCUACGGUUCCUAGUCCUUCCCCUGCGAAGCAAACGAGCCUUCCGUCCCGCUCUGGUAGUGUUCAUGGCCGUACCAGAUCUCAAACUGUCGGCUCACAAGACGGCACUGACUCCGCUAACUUACGUGAGAGUUUUGCGCCUGGACAUCACAAGCGCCGGAGUCAGCUGUUCUCGACUCGGGAUAUCUCACCUUCGUCUUCUGAUAAUGAAACAGCUCAGCAGAAGGCUCUUCUGAAGGUGCAGAGAAGACGGCAAAGUUCUAGAAGAUUGUCUCAAUUCAACCUACUCGAUGGUGGUCACCCUAUACCUAGUUAUCGGCCGCUUGACGUACUCAUCGUGGAAGACCACCCCGUCUCCAAGAUGGUGAUGGAGAAGCUAUUCGAGAAAUUGCGUUGCCGCACCAUUACCGCCUCCAAUGGACAUGAUGCCCUUCGCUUAGCUGUCAGUCAGAUUCAAUUCGACAUCAUCUUCAUGGAGUUCAAGCUUCCCCUCAUCAAUGGUGUGGAUGUCGCUCGAAUGAUCCGUGACACCAAGAGCGCGAACACGGCAACGCCAAUCGUGUGCGUAACGGGCUACCUGAGAGACCUUCCGGAGGUACACAAUUUUGACACCCUGAUGCAAAAGCCUCCGACGAUUCCUAAGUUGACGGAGGAACUAUGCAAAUACUGCUCCUGGAAGCCGCCGCCAAAAGACAUGAAGUUUGCGAUGCCCUUAACAAUUCCAAGCAAUCCUCUGAGGCAUGAACACCUGCCUACACAAGACAGCCCUAGCUCUGUAGCCUCGAGCAUGGCUCCGACCUUUGAUUCAUCAUGGAAAGGAUCUAGUCGAGAGGAUUCAAUUGGCAGCGGCGGAUUCUUCAGUGAUCUCGAGUCACUGAAAGCGGAAGACAUACCUGUAAUUGUGUCUCGUGCUGCUACGGAUGACUGGGCGCGUGGCCUAGGUAUCUCCGGCGAACCGGCCCGUACUUAUAAGGAAUCCACGUCGGCGCCGCCGCAUCUUCUACAUACGGAAUCUGCACCUCCGACUGCACCGUCGGACGAGGCUCUGACCAGCCAUGGAGCGGGCACACCAACGAGAUCUUCGGAAGCCACAAAAGCCAAGCGACGAUCACUAGAGAAGAAUGCCACUACGGGCGGCGCCGAAGAAGGUGACGAUGAAGACGAUGAGCUGGGUAACACCCGGCAGGAGUCUCGCUCACCAAUGUUGAAGAGUGCACGCACCACAUCCAAGCUUGGCAUCGAGAUGAUGCGCACCAACAGCCGUGGAAGUGUAAUAUCUAUGAAUGAUGACGGUCGCACAGCUGAACCCGAGAGCUUGCGUAAAAGUCUUGAGAUACUCGAACGAGGCAUGGAGUCGCUGACUAUUCCGGAAGAGUCCAUUUACGAACCCAGUGCCGUGCAGCCACGAAAACUUGAGCGGACCGCUUCAAACCACUCGCACCCAGAGCCUGGGGAUCAAGAGCAGCGACCUUCUAGCCGUGGGCAUAUUACGCCUCCUGUUAUCUUUCCUCAGAAGCCAGGACAGACAGUCACCGAUAUUGAGAUGGAUUGUGAUCUGACCCCGAUGCCGACCAAGCCACAGACAGAUCCUUUCACCACUCAAGAGCAACCUACGCCCAGAGCAAACCCAGCAAAUUCCGAGGCCUAA